CUGCACCUGAAAAUCCAUCCACGAGCAGUUUGCUGGCAUUGAAGCCGACACGACAUUACCGAACAGUUCCUGAAGCGGAACCAGCUGAUAACGGGAAUCAUGCGUUUCACAACGGUAGCUUUCUCGUUAAUCGUUUUUAUUGUAAUAUUUUCGAUCUUCGUCGCCAAUCUGGCCAGCCUGAUCGGUAUCGAUAAGCAGCUGAGCAACCGGCUCGAUGCCGCCGUAAGCGAUGGCCAAACCCGGGAGCACGAACGAUUGCGGUUGGAUGAUAGUCCGAAUCAUUUGAUGUGGUUUUUGCAGAUAUCGGACAUCCACAUAAGUAUGUACCUUGAUCCUGCUCGCGUACCGCAGUUGAUCGAAUUCUGCAAUCGAACGGUGGACAUCAUUGCGCCUUCGGUAGUGUUGGCCUCCGGGGAUCUUACGGACGCCAAAACAUCCAACUUACUUGGUUCCAAGCAGCACGAACAGGAAUGGCGCUGGUACCACGAAGUACUGCGUGAUACGAACGUGCAGAACAAAACGGUUUGGUUGGACAUCCGUGGCAAUCAUGACAAUUUCAACGUACCCGCGCUGCAGACCCGCCAGGAUUUGUUCACCAACUUUUCGGUACAGGGGCGGCAUCAUACCCGCUCCUACAUGCAUCAAAUAGUGAAAGGUGGUGAACGGUACACGUUUAUCGCCGUGGACGCUUGCCUGGAUCCAGGGCCAAAGCGCCCGUUCAACUUUGUCGGCAUGCUCUCGAUAAAUGAAACGCAACAUCUUAUCAAUCUGGCAGAACGGUCACGCCAGCUGGACACGAACUAUACGAUCUGGUUCGGGCACUACCCCUCGUCAUGUAUUCUAACGCCCGGUUUGGGCACUGGCGGUAUCCGUAACUUGAUUGGGCGCUACCAGGAGGCAUACGCCUACCUUUCCGGACAUUUUCACACCCUCGGCGGUGCUGUACCACGAAUGUACACCCUGCAAGAUGAAGGAUUCCUCGAGCUGGAGCUUGGCGAUUGGAUGCGCAAUCGACGGUAUAGGUUGGGAGCGUUCGAUCACGGUUACUUUUCGUUCGUCGACGUCCACCACAACCAGUGGCCGGUGGUGCUGGUGACCAAUCCGAAGGACGCUCUGUUCAAUAUCCCCGGCAAGGAAAACUUCGAGUCGGUGCUACAUUCGUCCCAUAUUCGACUGCUGGUGUUUUCGCCCGCGAAGAUAACCGAAUGUCAGGUCAAAAUAGAUGCCGGCAGCUGGAAGGACUGCAAACGAACUAGCAGGGAGCUUUUCGUGGUACCGUGGGAUCCAAAUCAGUACAAACGAGGGUUGCACAAGCUGUUCGUCUACGUACUGGAUGAUGAUGGAAGAAGCCGGGUGAUUGAGCAGCAAUUUACACUGGAUGGAACACGGCUGCGGUUCGAUUUUCUUGCUAAAUUGGUUCUAAUGUACGACACCAACAAAGUAUUUCAGACUUUCUUCAGCGUGGCACUCAUCAUCUAUCUUGUUCCAUUGUGUGUCUUUCGAAUAUGGCACACAUUAGUUCGGAGAGGAACUGUCGCCCGACCGAGGUUACGCACAUUCUGCUGCGGUAGUUGGAUACGGAAAAUGUGGAUCCUCUCGACGGUAGAUCGUCUCAUGUUUCCCAUAGUCGGCUACUGUCUCUAUCUUACCUGUGGGCCAUGGUCCAUUGGUGAGGUUAUCGAUGGGCACAUGGGUGUAGUGUUCGUUUGGGGGAUAUUCGUGAACAACGCGUUCCUACCCGGCACCCUAACAUAUCUGUACGGAUUUUUCCAGCUGAUGCUGUGUCAGCUUCCCCUAACCAUCAUAUUUGCCAACAACGUUGUUUUACGCUUCUAUCGGCGCGGAGCGGAAAAAAACUACGGAUGGAUGAUAAGCUUGUGGAAAAAUUCGGCAUUCAUUCUAAUAAUGACGGUCGAAGUGUUGUUGGCAGGAAUUUUUUGGAAUUCAUACGGACUGCUGGCCUUCAUUAUCACCCCGCUGCGGGCCUGGUCGAUCGUGCUCAAUGUGGUCCUGUGGUACCAAUCGCGCUACAUUCCGGAUAAGUGCCUCCGUUCUGCAGCUACGGUGUGGUCUUCUUCCGAGCCAAAACUUUCUUCACUGUCUCAGUAAAAACGAUGCUUGGAGGCAGAAAGCUGCUCGAAACAUAACCGUACAGAUUUGUACGCACCGGAUAAGUUUUGGUCAUCAGUGUAUUCGUAAUAUAGAUUUGCCUUUAUAUGUUCAAUGAGGGAGUAAUAUGCCCUGGAACACGUGCUAGUUUUGUUACACUAUACGUACACGUAUUUAUAUUAUACACACACCAUUCUAGCAGAAUGCUACCCUGGUAAAUGUUUUGAUAUUCUCCGCUCUAGUCAUCGUUACCCAGAUGGUACAAUCAUUUGUAGUAAAUUCUUUGUUAUACGACUCAUUCAAUAACGGAAUUGAGAGAAGCUGUCUGUACAAUCGUUAUGCAUAAAUGAUCGUUCUUAAUGCUUUCAAGAACAGAGGCGCAAUAUUUCAAAAUUGCAGAGAAUAAUCCCAUUGAAAAAGUUAUUCGACCAAAUGCAGAAGUACACUGUGCAAACAAAACGUAUUUACCACCGCUGUUGCACCAAAAUAUUUAAAAAAACCAAAACUAAGGGAUUAGAGACUAAAACUAAUUAAAUAGUAACAAGUAACUAAAAAUUAUGAGCAAACAGAUGUAGCAGAAAAUAACCAAAACAAAUCAAAACCGAAACAUUCUAGAUAAAAAUGUUUGAUAUGAUGUGUAUAAAAGUAUUACUUUGUGACUGGUGUGUUUUGUUGACUACUAACUUUACCGUUUCUAAGAGAUAUUUAUUGUAUACUCUAUACAUUGGAAUAAAUGAAUACAAU